AAAGUUGCCACUUACCUUUUUUUUUUUCUUCUUUGUUUUUGUUGUUCUGUUUUAAUAAGAUGCAGGAAUUGUAUGUGUGUGUUAAUACUUGCUGUUAAGAGAGAAAGAAAGUAGAGAUGGGUGAUGAGGAGAUUAUUCCUCAUAUGUUUCAUGAACACCCGCUGACUCUGAUCCCCAACCCGGCCGCGGAAACAGAUUAUUCUUGGGCCAAUUUGUGUUAUGGUUGUCGGAGAUACUUUUUAGCAGGAGAGGCAGUCUAUGGAUGCAGCCAAAAGUGUGGAUUUCUUGGGCUAUUACACAAAGAAUGCAUGGAAAUGCCGAGAGAGAUCCGCCAUCCUCUCCACCCUUCACACUCACUCACACUACAACACUCUUUAUAUGAUGAUAUCAUAAAUAGAUGUGCAGUUUGUGAAGGGUAUUAUGUGGUUGAGCUGUGCUACAAAUGUAUUGGGGGAUGUGAGUUUUUGAUCCACUUGCGAUGCGCAGGGGGUUUUGAUGAAGCAGUAGUUGAUGAUAAUCCAACAAUUAAGCACCCAAGCCACCCCCAACACCUGCUCAAAUUUUCUAAGAAAACAAGGUGGUGCUCCUUCCCCUGUGAUGCCUGUGGUGCUACUCACAAAGGGAACUCCUACAUCUGCACCAUUUGCGACUACUGGAUACACGAGAGCUGCGCACUCUUGCCGGAGUCUGCGCACUUCCCUCAUCAUCGCCCCGACCACUCCCUCUCCCUCGCUUUUCAUACGCCAUAUGAGUACAUCCUAUAUUAUUUUGUGUGUGCUAUAUGCAGCGGACCUUUGCGAAUGAGAUGUUGGAUCUAUCAUUGCCAGAUUUGCAGUUAUGUCGUCCAUAUCAAUUGCGCCUCCCUCUCGCCUUCUGAUUCAUUUAAUAAUGAAAUCGCAGUUGAUGAUGAGAAAGGUAUUACAAAAGGUCCAAUAGAUGACAUAUAUGAGGAGAUAAUCAGACCCUUUGUUAAAAGAGAGAGAGGACAAAUUUUCAUUCCUCAUGAUCAUGACAAUCAGAACAUUGAUGGCAAAUACAAGUUCAACAAUCACCAUCAUCUACUAAGUUUUACUACAUUUUCAACGGCAUUGCCCUCUUCAUCAUCUCAUAAUCACAACCAUGAAAAAGAAGAAGAUGACAAUGACGACGAUGACGAAGACAAUAGUAUUCCAAGAUCGGUACUAUUUACAUGUGAUGGAUGCACAUUGCCUAUACAUGAAAAGAAGCAAACAGAUGAUGAUUAUGUCUACGAGAAUGGUUACAUGAGUUGUGAUGAAUGUAAAUACUUUCUCCAUUUGUCCUGCUUUAACUUACCACCACAUCUCCCAUCUCUUCCACUCCACCCCUUCCAAAAUCACAAGUUUACGCUUCGAAAUGCUGGCAAGCUAACAGAUUGGGAAUACUGCAGUAUCUGUUGGGGUUUGAUGAAUGGGCUCUUUUAUGAGUGUACCCAAUGCUACUUCAAUAUAGACAUCAAGUGUGCUUCUCUUCCCAACACCAUAAAACACGCUGCUCACCCCCGACAUAACCUGCAUCUCAAUCUAGUCAAGGAUAGUCGGUGGUACAAAUUUUGUGGUGUUUGUUAUGAUUCUAUAUAUACAGAAAAUGUAUUGUACAGAUGCAAUAGCUGCAAAUUUUGCAUGUGUAGUAGAUGCGUGUUGCUACCAGCACAAAAUAAGCAUAGAUUGGAGAAGCACCCGUUGCGAUUGACAUAUGAUGCGUAUGUUAACCAUCCUGGUGAGUUCUACUGCAGCAGCUGUGAAGUCAAAAUGAAUCCGAGGAAGAGGAUGUAUUAUUGUCGAGACUGCGAUCAAUCCUUUCAUCCCGAAUGCAUUCCUGCUAGGUCGGGUGAGUUUAGAAACAUCAAGUAUGGGAUGCAACAGUAUGUGAUUCCCACUCUUCAUCACCACCCUCUUAGAUUUCAAAUCAUAACCAAGAAAAAGCGUUGCGACCUUUGUCAUGCUGGUAGUUAUGAUAAGCCUGGAUUCCAAUGUGUGUCAUGCUACUUUGUCAUGUGUUGGUUCUGCAGUGGAAGUCACAUGAAUGCCUUAAAGCCCAUCUGAUUCAUAUCCAUCUGAAUCUCUCAUUUUAAUUGUGUGUAUAGAUUAUUGUAUUUGUGGGAUAAAUUAAUGUGUGUUGUUCCUAUUUAAGUGAUGAGUUGUAUGCCUUGUAAGUCAAUACUAAAUAAAAGGUUUUAUAAUUGUGUAUUA